AUGACCGAAUUAAAAGAUCUUAUUGCGCAAAGACGACGCGUAAAAACACGCAUUACUCUUUUUGAAAAAUACUUAACGCCUCUUUUAGAAACUAAAUUAAAUAAAAGUCAAUCUAAUGAAUUAAGUUUAAGGUUGAGUAAGUUUCAAGAUCUGUCAUAUAAUUUCGAUGAAUUGCAAUCAAAAAUCGAGUCUUUAGAUAUUGAGGACGAAGGCCUACAGAUGAAAGAAAGAGAAGAGAUUGAAAAUAGAUUUUUUAAAUUAAUAGCGCAAGCACAAGAAAUGUUACAAAUUUUUGAAAACGCAUUAAAAAUCGAAUCCGGAUCGGUGUCUGUCAGCGGAUCCGACCGGUCAAAGCAUCGUGGGGUAAAGUUGCCACCGCUUAAAAUUCCUCCAUUUAACGGGGACCAAAGUAAAUGGAUAGAAUUUAGAGACAUGUAUUUAUCGUUAAUACACAAUAAUGAUACCAUCGAGGACAUAAAUAAAUUUCAUUAUCUCAAGUCGUACCUAGAAGAUUCAGCAAGCGCAGUCAUAAAUUCUGUCACAGUAUCAUCUAUCAACUACUCAACAGCUUGGUCACUUCUUUGUGACAGAUACAAUAAUAAGCGACUUCUGAUUAAUGAACAUAUAAAAGGUUUAUUUUCUAUAGAACCUAUCAGUAGGGAAUCCGAACAAUGUUUACGUAAUUUAAUUGAUAACAUAACCAAAAAUUUAAAUGCCCUAAAUUCACUAGGAGAACCAACAGAGCAUUGGGAUUCUCUGAUCAUUUACCUGGCUUCUUCAAAACUGGACUCAUCUACAGCCAGAAAAUGGGAGGAGUUUAGGAGCACCCACGACAACGUGAAGCUUAGUAAUUUUUUUGAAUUUCUGCGUCAGCGAGCAACAGUGUUGGAGACUGUUCAUGCUAAUAAACCCAUUAAAUCAGAUAAACGCAAUCAAUUUGUUAAAUCAAAGUCAUUUAUUGCAGCGUCACCUUCUUCACCUUCAUCAUCAUCAUCAUCUUCGUAUACCAACAAAGCAUGUUUAGCUUGUAAGCUAGACCAUAAAUUAUAUAAUUGCCCAAAAUUUAAAUCGAUGUCAGUAGAUGACAGAAUUGCGAAAGUUCACGAAUGGCAAAUUUGCACAAACUGCCUCCGUGAAGGGCACAGUCAUUUCAACUGUAGACUGGGUGGUUGCCGCUUCUGUAAACGAAAACAUAAUUCAAUUUUACAUAGACAGUCUUCUCUUCACUAUAUUCAACCACCGACACAAACAUCUACAUCAUCAUCAUCGUCACAAAGUCGCGAAGGAACUACUACAUCACUUCCAACAUCUAAUAUUAAAGUUCCUAGACAUAACAGCUUACCUUCUUCCUCUUCUGGUCCUACCGAUAUGAAGGAUCCUUCUUGCGUUGUUAGUAUGUCUUCUGUGUCCUCAAACCAAGCUCUUCUGUCUACGGCUUUGGUAAAGGUAACAACUAAUGGCAAAUCAUUUACAUUGAAAGCUUUAUUGGAUAGUGGAAGUCAAUCUUCUUUUAUAACCGAAGCUGCACGAACGAAGAUUGGUCUACCAACAGUGAAAAACUAUCUUCGUUCGGUAUGCGGUCUCAACAAUUCUGUAAUUAAGAUUACCGAACAUUGCAAUAUUGUCAUCCACUCUACAUACAACACAUUUAGCAUGCCUGUCAGAUGCUACAUCAUUCCUCUUAUUACUGACAAGCUGCCUCAAGUCAACAUCAAUAUCGAAAGUCUACAAAUACCUAACCACAUCCACUUAGCGGAUCCCAACUUCUUUGUUUCUUCAGAAGUUGACAUGCUUCUCGGAGCUGACGUCUUCUGGGAUCUACUUUGUUCUUCUAGAUUUAAAUUGGGUCUUCAUAUGCCCACACUACAAGAAACUCAACUAGGUUGGAUAGUUGCUGGCCCCAUGGGGGGGAAACGUAGCAACACUUCGGAUAUUUAUUGCAACUUCAGCAAGGAAAUACAACAGCAACUUUCUAAGUUUUGGGAGCUUGAAGAAGUACCUGCAGAAACGUCUUCUUUCAAUGAACACUUUUGUGAAAAACUAUUUAAUGAAACUACUUACCGAGAUAAAGAUGGGAGAUUUUGUGUACAAAUUCCUUUCCGCGAUUCAGCUGAUACUCUAGGUGAUUCCUAUAAUAUUGCUAAAAGGAGAUUAAUUCAAGUAGAAAAAAAAUUAAGUAAAAACCCGAAUUUACGUUCAGAAUACAAUAAAUUCAUGAAAGAAUAUGAAGACUUAGGCCAUAUGUCGGAAGUUACUGAUUAUGAUGAUCAUGGCUGUUUCUUGCCGCAUCAUGCAGUAAUUCGAGAAAGCAGUGAAACCACGAAGACUCGAGUUGUAUUUGACGCGUCUUCAAAAACCUCGAAUAAUAUUGCACUUAAUGACAUACAAGCAACGUCAUCUUCAAAUGAUUUUGUGGCGUGA